AUGCAUCCAAAGCGCCCUCGCGUAGACGAUGACGACGACAAUGCCGACACCAUCGCAUCCGCACCACAACCGCGCCAAAAACGGCAGCGCACUGUCGAAUCCGCACCCGCCGCCCCUCGCGCCGACUUGCUCUCCCAGCUGCCGUCCGAGAUACUCAUCCGCAUCCUGAGCUACCUGUCGCUGCCGCAUCUCCUGGCCAUCGCCCCCGUGAGCACACGCUUCCGCCGCCUCGCCCGCGACAACCAGCUAUGGAAGGCCCUCUACUACGCGCGCUUCGUCCUGCCGCGCGCCAUGCGCAUCCCCGGCUUCCGGGAGGGGAAGCUUGCAGAGAGGUUAAAAGACCACAAGCUGCAUUACAAGGGCCGGAGGACGUUGUGGGCCAGCGGGCGCUCGGGCGGACUGGUCAGGGAUGCCGGGGGGCCCGAUGGUUGGAAGAUACGGCUGACUGAGGAGGAAGAGGGCCUCAGCAAGAAGAGUGACAGCGUCAACUGGAAGCGGCAGUUCAAGAUACGGCACAACUGGGCUAGGGGCAAGUGCGCCGUUGAAGAGUUGCGGCUCGGCCUGGAGCCCGAGGAUGGAGGCGACAACGCGCGCGAGGACACUCCGGAUGGCGUGGACAGGAGCAAGAUGCUGGUCAAGGUCGUGGAAGGUCUGGCUGUCACCGCGGACAGGGCGUCUGGCCUAAGAGCUUGGGACCUCAAGACGAGGGAGGUGGUGGCGCAAGCCAGUCUGGGAGACGACGAGAAGGAAACCGAGCCCGUGCAGCCGAGCUGCAUCGCCAUCGACGACCAAGGUCUUGAACAGGGCACCUUGGAUAUCUCAGUGGGCUUCCUAGACGGGAGCUUUGGUGUCUGGACGCUGAGCACGCAAUCUAAGACCAUCACCAGGAGGUACCGCCACGAGAAGUCGAGCAAUGGCGAGUUGAUAGGCAUGGCAUAUUCGCAUCCUUACCUUUUGACAGCCACGGAAGCCGUUCUGAUAUCACUCUACACAUUCAAUGUGCCAGAGAAAACCGGGGAUGGUGAGGACGAGCAGGCGCGGGACACCCCUGCGCAGGCAAUAUCAUCCAAGCUCAAGAACGCCUUGAGCGAUUACGCGGACGAAGACGCACCCACCGAACGGACUCAACUACGCGCGCCAUACCUCAUGACAUCGCUCAAGUCGUACAGCUCUAGUCCGCCGCUGGCUCUGUCAAUAAGGAAGACAGCCAGCGCGACUGUCGCAUCGAUAGCAUAUACGUUCUUCACCCGGCAUGGCUGGUCCAUCGGCAUCCAGGAUCUCCACAUCACCCCAGAUAAAGCCUCGAAGAAUGCUCCCGCCAUCACCACACGACUGGCCUAUACCGCCCCCACUACCGUGAGCGCGCCUGGUCUUGCCUCGGGAGCACAAGCUGGCCCCCACCACCCAGUCGGCCCGGCUUCCUCAAGUUCAGCAGUACCGUCCCAGCAAACCUCCGAUUCCGCCACUAAUCAAACACAACAACCCUCAAAUCCACCAUCACCACCACCACCACCAAGGAGCCAGCACCCCCACAGCAGCCAAGGUCCCACGACACUCUGCUACACCCACCCCUACCUCCUGGCCACCCUUCCAGACAACACCCUAAUAUUGCAUCUCUGCACUUCCACCGCAGCCGCCCUGUCCAUCUCCCCCGGCAUCCGCCUCUGGGGCCACACCUCGGGCAUCAGCGACGCCGAAAUCACCGCUCGCGGCAAGGCCGUCAGCGUCAGCAGCCGGGGCGACGAGAUGCGCGUCUGGGAGCUCGAGGGCCGGCCCAGCGGCGUGCGCAGCAGGAGCGUCGAGGUCCGAGCUGCGAACCCGGCUGCGACGGUCGAUUCGUCGCGAGGUGGGAGGGAGCAUGGAGGCGCGGAGCAUGAAGAGCAGCGUCCCUCUGGGGGUGACUGGGAGGAGAGGAGGAACUGGGUCGGCUUCGAUGACGAGAUGGUCAUUGUGCUCAAGGAGGCGAGGGGUGGCAGGGAGAGCCUUUUGGUCUAUGAUUUUACGUAG